AUGGCCACUGUGUGCCUGGGAUAUGUACAAAAGAGAGCCAGGCACUGGAGAAUGAGCCCAAACACUUGUUGGCUUUGCAAGAUAUUCAGAGCAGAAGAGAAUGGGAUCAGCCCUAAGGUGUCUUUGGAGGAAGUGCUACAGUGGUCCCAGUCUUUUGAAAACCUGGUAACAAGCAAACAUGGGCCUAUGAUCUACAAGACCUACUUGAAGACAGAACACAGUGAUGAAAACAUAGAAUUCUGGCUUGCCUGCGAAGCUUAUAAGAAGAUAACAUCUCAGAGGAAAAGGAUUUCCAUGGCCAGGAAGCUCUUUACAAGUUUCAUCCAACCCCAGGCACACAAUGAGAUAAACCUUGACAGUCCUGCAAGGGAAGCAAUUAUAAGGAAUAUUCAAGAGCCAACACGGUCCUGCUUUGAUGAAGCGCAGAGAAUAAUCUACAGGCACAUGGAAAGAGAUUCCUACCCACGAUUUCUUGAAUCGCAGCUCUACCAAAAGCUCAAGCACAGUCUUCAAACUAAAGGCAACAAUUCAAUGAGAAAUUGAAGAGAAUGGUUAAAAAUGGAAAAAGGUUUAUUCUGGCACA